AUGCGUUGGCUCGUUUUCAAAUUGUAUACUCUGCUCUCAGUGGAGAAUAUAUCCGUUACACCUAGUCCAAGUUGUGUGUUUACAUGCAAGAGUGCGAUUUACUUCCUCAAUAUCUUAGGAUAUGAUUUUUCUGAAAAAGUGGAUUCUGUACCUGCUAAAAAUUUUCACGUUUUGGUAAUAUUUUUAGGAACUCGAAUCAUUAUCGAAGAUGAAAUUGGCGGUGAGGACGAGGGAAGCUCGUACAAGUGCUGUCGAGGUGAUGUUCAUGUUAAGCGUGCCUGUUUCUAUGUGUCGAUCUCAGCUCUAGUCGUUUGUUUAUUCUCUACAAUAUGCAUGUUUUUUGGUGUUUACACUGUCAACUUAUGGCUAGAUAUUUUUUUGAUUGUUGCAAAUACGGUUGUGGCCAUUCUGAUGAUGAUUGGACUUUAUUAUGACUGCGCUGCCCUACUAGUUCCUUUUAUAAUUUCAGAAAUUGCACAAUGUGCAUGUUUCUUUAUUUUAGCCAAUUACGUUUUAUACUAUACGUUUGCUUUUCGGAGGCAGAAAUUCUAUCAAAAAUUUGAUCAAAUGCUCAUGGUGAUAUCAAUAUAUUUGGGAAUCGUUAUUUGUAUAGGUGCAAUAUGGGCAGCUACAAAAUGCUAUCAUUAUCUCCGGCAGAAGGCUGAAGGAAUCUAUCCAGAUUCUGGGGAACGAUGUAUGUGGGAGUGA